CACGUCCUCCACCAGGACAGCGGCCUGGGCUACAAGGACUUGGACCUCAUCUUCUGCGCCGACCUCAAAGGGGAAGCUGAGUUUCAGACUGUGAAGGAGGUGGUCUUGGACUGCCUCUUGGAUUUCUUACCCGAGGGGGUGAACAAGGAGAAGAUCAAACCCUCAAGGUAAACCUGCCCUGAGGCUUAUGUGCAGAAAAUGGUAAAAGUAUGCAAUGAUUCAGACCGAUGGAGUCUCAUCUCCCUGUCCAACAACAGUGGCAAAAAUGUGGAGCUGAAAUUUGUGGACUCUCUGAGGCGGCAGUUUGAAUUCAGUGUCGAUUCCUUUCAAAUCAAGCUGGACUCCCUGCUGCUUUUUUAUGAAUGCUCAGAGAAUCCGAUGACUGAAACUUUUCACCCGACUAUCAUUGGUGAGAGCGUCUAUGGGGAUUUCCAGGAAGCCUUUGAUCACCUCUGCAACAAGAUAAUCGCCACCAGAAACCCAGAAGAAAUCAGAGGAGGUGGUCUUCUGAAGUACUGCAACCUUUUGGUAAGGGGCUUUAGGGCUGCCUCCGAAUCCGAGAUUAAGUCCCUGCAGAGAUACAUGUGUUCGAGGUUUUUCAUUGACUUCUCAGACAUUGGAGAACAGCAGAGAAAGCUGGAGUCCUACUUGCAGAACCACUUUGUGGGAUUAGAGGACCGCAAGUAUGACUAUCUCAUGACCCUUCACGGUGUGGUGAAUGAGAGCACAGUGUGCCUGAUGGGACAUGAGAGGAGACAGACUCUGAAUCUGAUCACCAUGCUGGCCAUCCGGGUCCUAGCCGAGCAAAAUAUCAUCCCCAAUGUGGCCAAUGUCACCUGCUAUUACCAGCCAGCCCCAUACGUAGCAGAUGCCAACUUCAGCAAUUACUAUAUUGCCCAGGUUCAGACGGUGUUCCCUUGCCAGCAGCACACGUACUCUACUUGGCUGCCCUGUAAUUAAGGACCGAAAUUAGUAGACCCGGUGGGGAGAACGUUUUCUAAGACGUAGGAAGGGGUGAUGCGUCCCUUUGAAAAUGGGGUGUUUUGUGCAAUGAUGAUCUGCUCUAGUUUUCAGGCUUGGGAAAAGCUUGUGGUUCUUCUAAUAAAUAGCAGGAGCAUGAUCGAGAAAGAACCCCAAAAUAAUUGGAUCCUACCCCAGAGCACAAGAGGCCUGUCAUGAAAAGCAACCAGCUUCCCCUGAAAUAAGUGAGGGAGGAAUGCUUGAUGACAAUAUGGGUUGGCACUAUCUGCUCCCAUAGCUUUGGCAUAGAGAAGGUGGGAAAGCCUUAUUUUCUUUUAUUUUUAUUCUUACUCUAGAAUGGGAUCUGCAAAAGGGAGAAUAUGAAAGAAACAAAACACACAAAAAAAAACAACAAAAAGAAAAAAAAAUCACAAAAAACAAUUCUAUAUAUAUUCAGGAAUUAAAGGUUAGAGGCAUAAAGCAGAGAUAAGCUGAAUAAAAAUGUAUAUUGGAAUUACUGCAUUUGGGGCUUGCAGCAAGUGCCGUCUAUGGAUUGACCAUGUAGAAUGUAUAGCUUGCUUGAUUAGAGUGCUUUACCAGAAACAGCUUGCUCCAAAUGAACAGUAGUGGAUUGGUACAGUUAUAAAAACAGAAACACGUACGAUGACAAAGUCCAUUAUUUCCAGCUGUGUGCAUGCCUCACAUUUUAAAAAUGUGAGAAUGCAGGAAAACCAGCUGUGGCAAACAGAAUAUACUCAAGGACCAAAGAUUUCACAAAUAAGUUAUCCGAGCAAAGAAGAUGCAGUAGAGUAUAUAUAUAUAUAUAUAAAAGAAAAGAAAGAUGUUGCUAUAUUUGUACACACCAACAGUAAUCAAAAGUGCCUGAUGCCUUCAUAAAAUUUGAAGUGAGAAAAAAAAUAUAGUUUUGUGGUUUAACCAUGCAUUUUGUUUUAUCAGGGACACAAGGAUUAAAAACAAAAAAAAAACAACCCCAUAAGCUUGUGAAUAAAUGGUGGAGGAAAAGCCCUAUUUUUUUUCUUGGCAAAAUGCCUGUAUAGAGUUAAUGUUAUGUCGGUGUUCUAUUAUCCUCGGUACGUGUGUGUAUGUGUGUAUAUAUGUUUGUGUGUGUAUAUAUGUACAUGUUAUAGGUGUAUAUCUAUAUAUAUACACACACAAUAUAUAUUAAUGUGGUCUAGGAAAAUGUAGCAGUUAAGGAAUGUUUAAAUAAAGUGCUGUGUGUUUUCCAGUUUGCAACAGGAUGUCGUAGGACAGUGGGCACCUUGCAGUGAAUUUUUAACCCACACCUGAGAAAUUUGGAGUAAAUAUACCAGUCAGGAUUAAGGUGGGAUUCAGAUAAUGUCUUUGGUUGCAAGAACAAGGAUUACAGUAAUUCAGUGGGUUGCUUGUGAGCCAUAAUAAUUCCACAGAUGGAGAAACAUAUGACUAGCUGAAUUUUUUUUUAACUUUUUUGUACUGUAAUGCCAUUUUGACAUUUAACCCACUAAUGUUGUGACUGCAUACCUCCAUGAUGUGUAAUUCAGUGGAACGUGGAUCAAAGAUAGGUUUAUUUAAACCCCCUGACAGCUAAAGAAUAUUGUAUUAGUUGGUGAUUUGAACACUAAUUGUUAAUAUUUAAAGGAGUAUUUUUAAUAGAAUGCAUUACGCAUUCCAGGACCACUAGAAUUUAGCAAAUGUGAAAUGAACCCUUUUUAAGAGUGUUGCACGAUUGCUUAAAAUUAUAU